AUGGCUAGCAAAUCUCAACCUCCCAUAUAAGAAAAGACUUUUCAUGAAUGGUCUAAAAACAACUUCUAUAGAACAAGCUAUAUCAAUCAUUACACUCAAGUAUGUGAAUUGCUUCAUGCUAUCUAGUUUCCAUAAGAACCAAAAAGUACAGCAGUGCCAGGAUAUGCAGGCUAUGUCCCUUAUGUGCAAUCAGAGAAUCUGUAUGGCGAGAGAUUUUCAGAAGUAGCCAGAAAAUCAUACGCAGACUAAAAGUUAGGAAAAUUCAAUAGAUUGUCUUCAACUGGAUUUAAUUUUGAUCCAAAAGAAUUAAUCGAUGUACACAAGGAAGCUUAUUCUCAUAAAUAUGGAUGUUAGACCUUAUUGAAAAAUCAUCCUUGCACUCAUAUCAAUAAAAUGGUUACCUCCUACCAAGACGGUUUCAAAAAGCCUUAGGAACUUGUUGCUCCAACAUUUCGUAAGACCGAUAGGUAUCUAUAGACCUCACAAGCUUAAACUAAGACUUCUGGAUUUUAGAAGAAUCACAUGUAAUUUGACGGAUCUGGCUGGAUUCCUCAUGAAAACAUGAAUGGCGAUUAAGUGAGAACGGAAUACCGAAUAUAAUAUAAUUAGGAAAAACCAUUCCACAGGAAUCCGAUUCAAUUCAAAUUAAGAAAAAUGAAAUAAACCGAAAUGAAUUAUAAACAUACCUGA